UGGCGUUUGUUUAGAUGUCUUGUUCGUCUUUUUGUGUGUCUCCCCCCAUAAAAGGCCAUAGAUGGUAUUUCUUCUCCCCCUUUUUUGAGAUUUUGCAGCCAAUUUAAGUAUUUUCCCUUCAACCCCCUUAGCCAAGUGAAAGUAGCUGUUUCUCCUUUCUUUUGGAGUUGUACUUCUGACUCCUAACAUACUAAAAAUCUUUUUUGAUGCAUUGGACUUCAUCGAGAUUUCUAUAUUGAAAUAGAUAUGUUUUUUAAGCAUAGUUCACUUUAAAAAAAAAAUCCCCUCAUUGUGUAUCAUUCUAAGUCCAAAAGUCCUCUGUGUUACCUCGACCUUUUGGCCAGAGGUCAGCCCCUCCCCUUUCAGGAAGAAAGGCUGAAGUUUAUAAUUUGAAAUGAUAAAUCUGUAUAGUCACUUGUGGACCUCGGCCCAUGCAUUUUCAUACAGUUGACUUUGGAGGGAAAAUGCUGGCUCGGUCUUUGAAGAAUAUAUGAACUGAUGAGACUCUAGUUUAUUUUGCAGUGCAAAAGAUAAGAUGGCUUCUAACCUCACUGCUGUACUCCAGAUUAUUAUUAAGCAGUUACUGCCUGUAUGGGUGAUUUAUUUUUGAAAGUAUUAUGCUUCCCCUUGUAAUUCAAUACCUUGUGUCCAUUUUAGAGGGGGGGGUUCCCAGGGUUGGGGGGGAAUUGUAAAUGUGGAGUUGUCCCACUGGUUACAGGCCAUCUUAUAUUGUGCUUUGGGGGGUUUAAGGAGUGGGGAGGAGCAUCAGGGAGUCACAAUCUCCCCUGCUCUGUCGCUCCACCCCCCGCGCGCUCGCUAAGGAUAGGUGGAGUGCGCGCGCUCAGAGUUGUCUUCCUGACCAGUUGGGGCCCAAACACACCCAGACAGAGCUUAUUAUUGACACGCUCAUUGGUUUGAUGUUUUACUGUUGUCGAUAAUAGAAAUAUUGUCGAUACUGAAAAAAACAAACAAGCUGGUUGUCUUUUGAUAACCACUGCCGUUGAACACGGCAUCAAACUGUAGGUUUAGGACCACUCAUUCUUUAAGGUCCUUAAAAUGGUCCCAAGUCUUAUCAGGCAGACAGCUCCCAUACUGCACUCCACCGCCUGCGUCAGAUGCUGGGUCAGAAAAACAGAUGCACGCGCAGCAACAGUGAUGACCUCUUCAUUUCAGAGCUGUGGAGGCUUCUAGAUACAAAUAAUUACACCACAGACUUCUCUCCCUAUCUCAUUGGCCAGGAUUCAAGAAAGCAGGCCAGGAUAAAGAAAUCAAAGCUUUAAACUAUCUCAUGAAUAUGGUCCAAGAUAAAGAAAAGCAAUGAUUGACACUUGUAACCUUUUUGUUUUAAAUAUGUAACAAUAUUCCCAAAGUAAUGGGAUCAGUUCAUUUGGGCAAGAUCAAGCCAGUAACUGCCCUCCGGUAGUUUAAUAUGAAAACUAAACUCAAGGACAUCUGCAUCCUAUCAAACUGAUAAGCUGAACAUAUCAAAGCCUUUCUUCCCUCCCAGUUACGCUCAGAGCAUUUUUUUGUUUUCUUUCAAAUGAAACAUUCAUCGCAUGAAUGAAAACAGGAAUAUUUUUUGAUGUUUGUUGUGAUUUGGAAGAAGCUGUUUUAUUUCCAUAGUAAGAAAACAAUAUAUUGUUUGAAAACUCUUACUAACGAUCUUGUUUUCUGAUUUUGUCUCUUUUGGUUUUUCCACAACUGAUAUUGUUAUUUAGAAGGUUUCAGGUGGGUGACACUAUUCCUGCGUAGGUGCCUGGCGGAAAGGAACACUAGGGCAGCCUCAGUCCUCUCCUCUUCUUCCAGCCAGCUGCGGCCACCACUCUGACAAAGUCCAAAAAUAUGGCUUGUUACCUGAAAGCCAUAGAGACUCAACCCAACUUUGCAGUGGCUUGGAGCAACCUGGGCUGUGUGUUUAAUGCCCAAGGAGAGAUUUGGCUGGCCAUACAUCAUUUUGAAAAGGCUGUGACUCUGGACCCAAAUUUCCUUGACGCAUACAUCAAUUUAGGAAAUGUUUUGAAAGAAGCUCGGAUCUUUGACAGAGCUGUGGCUGGAUACCUGAGAGCCCUCAGUCUAAGCCCCAACCAUGCAGUUGUCCAUGGAAACCUGGCCUGUGUCUACUAUGAACAAGGCCUCAUCGACCUUGCUAUUGACACCUACCGUCGAGCUAUUGAAUUGCAGCCCCACUUCCCGGACGCCUACUGUAAUUUGGCAAAUGCCCUGAAGGAGAAAGGCAAUGUUUCAGAAGCAGAAGAGUGCUACAACACAGCCUUGCGGUUGUGUCCAACACACGCAGACUCCCUUAACAACUUGGCCAAUAUUAAACGUGAACAGGGCAACAUUGAAGAGGCAGUUCAGCUCUAUAGGAAAGCACUGGAGGUGUUCCCUGAGUUUGCAGCAGCUCACUCCAACCUGGCCAGUGUCCUGCAGCAACAAGGCAAACUCCAGGAGGCCCUCAUGCACUACAAGGAGGCCAUCAGAAUCAGCCCCACAUUUGCUGAUGCCUACUCCAACAUGGGCAAUACACUGAAGGAAAUGCAAGACGUACAGGGAGCGCUCCAAUGCUACACUCGUGCCAUCCAGAUCAACCCUGCCUUUGCUGAUGCUCACAGCAAUUUGGCUUCCAUCCACAAGGAUUCUGGUAACAUCCCAGAAGCCAUUGCAUCAUACCGUACAGCCUUGAAACUCAAGCCUGACUUCCCUGAUGCUUACUGCAACCUAGCCCACUGUCUGCAGAUUGUGUGUGACUGGACAGAUUAUGACGAGCGAAUGAAGAAGCUUGUUAGCAUCGUGGCAGACCAGCUGGAUAAGAACCGCUUGCCAUCAGUGCACCCACACCACAGCAUGCUGUACCCACUCUCUCAUGGCUUCCGCAAGGCUAUUGCUGAACGCCAUGGAAACCUUUGCCUGGACAAGGUACACGCACUGAUCAAAAUUAAUGCACUGCACAAACCUGCUUUCGAGCAUCCGAAGGAUCUGAAGGCCAGCGGUGGACGUCUGCGUGUUGGUUACGUCAGCUCUGACUUUGGCAACCACCCUACUUCCCACCUGAUGCAGUCAAUUCCUGGAAUGCACAAUCCAGAGAAAUUUGAGGUGUUCUGCUAUGCACUCAGCCCUGAUGAUAGCACCAACUUCCGUGUAAAGGUGGUAGCCGAAGCUCAUCAUUUCACAGACCUGUCACAGAUUCCUUGCAAUGGUAAGGCAGCUGAUCGUAUUCACCAGGAUGGAAUCCACAUUCUGGUCAACAUGAACGGUUACACCAAGGGAGCCCGAAAUGAGCUGUUUGCCCUCCGUCCUGCUCCCAUUCAGACCAUGUGGCUGGGUUACCCUGGGACCAGCGGGGCUCCCUUCAUGGACUACAUAGUCUCCGACAAAGAGACGUCUCCCUUUGAAGUAGCUGAGCAGUAUUCUGAGAAACUGGCCUACAUGCCCCACACCUUCUUCAUUGGAGACCAUGCCAACAUGUUCCCUCACCUUAAGAAAAAGGCGGUGAUUGAUUUCAAGUCAAAUGGACACAUCUUUGACAACCGAAUUGUUCUCAAUGGUAUUGAUCUGAAGGCCUUCUUGGACAGUCUGCCUGAUGUUAAAGUGAUAAAGAUGAAGUGUGACAACAACCAGGAAGCUGCUGGAGACACCAACGGAGCUCUAUCCAUGCCUGUGAUCCCAAUGAACACAGCAGCUGAAGCAAUCAUUAACAUGAUCAACCAAGGCCAAAUCCAAGUCACAAUCAAUGGCUUCACUGUCAGCAACGGCCUGGCCACCACACAGAUCACAGAUUUGGUUGUAGUCUCCAAGACUCUGACCUUACAGAUCAACAACAAAGCUGCCACUGGAGAGGAGAUGCCUCGCACAAUCGUAGUGACAACACGCUCCCAGUAUGGUCUGCCAGAGGACUCCAUCGUCUACUGCAACUUCAACCAGCUCUACAAGAUUGACCCCCCUACUCUUCAGAUGUGGGCCAAUAUCCUGAAGCGUGUGCCCAACAGCGUGUUGUGGCUUCUUCGCUUCCCUGCAGUGGGCGAGCCCAACAUCCAGCAGUACGCUCAGAACAUGGGUCUGCCUGGCUCUCGCAUCAUCUUCUCUCCUGUGGCCCCUAAAGAGGAGCAUGUUAGAAGAGGCCAACUGGCUGAUGUGUGCCUGGACACUCCGCUCUGUAACGGUCACACCACAGGCAUGGACGUCCUCUGGGCUGGAACACCCAUGGUCACCAUGCCAGGUGAGACCCUUGCCUCCCGUGUUGCCGCCUCACAACUGAGAUGUCUGGGCUGCCCGGAGCUGAUAGCCCUGAGUCGCCAGGACUACGAGGACAUCGCAGUAAAACUGGGCUCUGACAUGGAAUUCCUGAAGAUGGUGAGAGCCCGUGUUUGGAAGCAGCGAAUCUGCAGCCCUCUUUUCAACACCAAGCAGUACACAAUGGACCUGGAGAGGCUCUAUCUGCAGAUGUGGGACCACCAUAGCAAAGGCAACAAGCCAGAGCACAUGGUCCAAACAGUAGAGGCCAGUGAAAAUGCCUGAGCUGGAAGCAUGCUUAGUUAUUUUUCCUUCCACCCACACCAUAUCGAACCAUCCUCGUCCCCUUUUUUUUUUUUUUAAACCAUUUUCUGCCCCAUAGUCUGGAAUGGUCAGUUUUCUCACCAACCCUCUUCCUCAAUGAACGUCUCCAUGUCUCUCUUUAAAUGGAACUCUUUAUAUGUGAAGGAGCCAACAGAUGUACACAUCAGUCCACCGACACAUGCACCAGUGCAUCACACACCUGCAUUUCUUGAGCCAGAUAGAGCCUUUCAGGUUGAUAAUCUGAGACUCUAAAAAACAGUUUAUUUGGUGAGCAUGAGAGGAUUGCGAGUACCUGCUUACCCCUUCACUUCUUGGAUCAGUGGAUUUCUUUUUGCUUGUCAGUGUAUAUAAGACUUAUUGCAGCUUUUGGAGAGAAUGCCCAGCAGUCAUUAUUUGUUGAUCUAUUUAUAAAUGGAUUAAGAGUGUUGUGUGUUUUAAAAGGACAAUGUUGCACCAUAAAAAUUGUAACUGACUUUAAGUUUCAUCAGCUUUAACAUGCAAGUGUAAAACAUAGGUUGUGACUGCUCUUUAGUUUGUCUUAAGCUGUUAUUAAAUUACUGCAAUGAAUAGAUUUGCAAGUUCUAAGAAAAAUGGUCUAUGAAGACAUCUACCCCCCCACACCAAAUGCCAACUUUUAAUUGAUUUUGUUGUCAAUCAAGGAAUAUGUUAAGUAGCUGUCAAUGUGUUUGAUGUCACACUAAGAUAAUUGGACAAAGGAGCGUCAACUCAUUGGAUAGGGCCGAUAAUGCUCUUUAGAUAUCAGAGCUGUUCACAAGAAAAGAUCUUGUUUUUUGUUUUUUUAAAUCACUGAAACCAGGAACGGCCUAGGUAAGUAUUUUCUAUGCGUUUUUCUUUUUGUAUUGUCUGAUAACUGUAUGCUGUCAACAAUGCCACAAGGUUCAAGAUACUAUAAAAAAAUAAAGAGAUGAAAAACUC